CCUCUAGAAAGUGUUGGGUGCAGACUUCCUCCUGUCUGGGGACAGCGUGGGGGAGGGUCCCCAGCUGCCUCCCAGGCCUCCCCUGAGGACCCGCAUGAGGAGCAGCAGUGAGGACCGAGCGGUGCCGGCUGGCCGAGAGCCUGCACUCUUCAGGCCCUCGGGGCCCAGGAUCGUGUCCGAGUCCCAGCACUUAACCGUGGCGGAGCAGGUGCAGGUGCCUCCUGGACACGUCCUUACCCACUCGCCCGAGGGUGGUUUUCUUCCCUGGAGACCAGAGGCGGCUUCCAGGGCUGGAUUCCCAGGCAGCACCCAUGGAUCCUGGCCCUGCGGAGGAAGGGGUGGCCCCGGCCAUCUCCCCACUGAAGCCUGGCGAGAAGUUCCACCUGUUUGUGAGUUACAGCAGCAUGGAUGCCGUGUGGACGCACGGGCUCAUCAGCCGCCUGGAAGCCGACCUCCCGGGGCUGAGAAUCUGCCUGCACGAGCGGGACUUCACCCCGGGCAGGAACGUCCUGGAGAACAUGGCCGAGUGUAUCCAGCAGAGCCAGAAGGUGCUGCUGGUGCUGAGCCAGGACUUUGUGCAGAGUAGGUGGUGCCUCCUGGAGGCCGACCUGUCCCUGUUCGGCUACUGCUUGGAGAGGAAGCCGGUCAUCCCGGUCCUGCUGCGGCCCUGCCAGAUCCCGCUGCACCUCAGCCACCUGACCUACCUGGAGGCCACAGACAGCCGCUUCCACCUCAAGGUGCAGCAUCUCCUGUGCCAGCCCAACCACAGGCUGACGCGCGCCCUGCCCGCCCGGCACCCGACGCCCUCCCUCUACAGCGGGAAGACCCUCCUGACCCUGAACUGCAUCAACAGGGACAGCCUACCCUCGUGGAAGGUGGGGUCCUUCAGCACCCUGGGUGUCCCCGACCCCUUGAAGGAGGUGUUGGAGGACCCCGAGGUGUACAGGCAUGCCGUGGGCAUCCUGAAUGGGGUGCAGUCCCCCAGGUCCUGCCUCCGAUACCUGGGCUGCAGGGUCCCACUGGGCGUCUUCCUGAUCAUCCUCUCCUUGGGGAUGCUUCUCCUCCCCGUGAUGCUGGGGGUGCAGCGAAACCCGCCGGCGGAGCGCUUCCUCCUCAUCGCCGUCACGGUCUUUUUCUGCCCUCUCCUCGUCGCCUUGGGGGUCAACAGCCUGUGCUGGUUCAGGAGGUUUUCUCGGAAGAAGAUGCGGGAGCUGGAGCUCAGAGUGGGCGAGGCCAACGUCCUGCUGGCGCCCCACUCCCUGCUGAUGGGCUGUGACACCAUGAACAAGCUGCACUUCGUGUACGUGCUGCUGGGGGACUGCAGGCAGGUCUUCCUGCAGGCCCCACAGGGCGAGGCCCUGUUCCGGGAGGCCCUCCUGCGCUUCUCGUCCAGCUACACCUGCUGCGUGGCCCACGCACACUUCCCCGCCUGCGAGGACACCCAGGGGGCUCCAGGCCACCUGGAGCUGGGCCUGUGCUUCUGCCAGUUCGUCUCUCUGCAGCUGAUGAAACACGAGGGUCUUGGGGUUAACCCCGUGUGACGACAGGAGGGGCCCCUGGGGCCGUGGCUGGCCCUGCAGGCAUGGCCUCCCCGAGACCCAGGUGGUGUACACGGGACCCUCACGUCUGGUCAGGACUUUCACCCUCGCCGAGGGCCCCACAGCCUGCUCUGAAGGCAGAGGUGGCCACGUCAGCCCAGGUGGCCGACUGUUUGGGGAGGGGCUUUUUGAUGAGACUAUGUGAGGGGAGGCUGGGGAAAGCAGCAGGUCCCCUUAGGAUCUGGCCUGCUCUUGAGGAGGAGACGGUCACUGCCGCUGUCUGGGUGGCCGGUUCGUGUCCAGGGGACCAGGGCAGACCAUGCUGGCUCCCUGUGGCCCCCUCCCUGAGCAGCUCUUCCAGGCACCUGCCCCUCGUCCUGGGACACGGAGCAUGGUGAUGCUGGGGUGAGCGGGGGCACCAGGCCGAGCGAAAGGACCCUGGGCCGUUCACCCUCCGCUCUCAGGGCACCAACACACAGCUGUCGACUCUGAGAGCCUGUGAGGGGCCAGCCACAGCCGUCCAUGGCUGGGAACGAUAAGGCCAGCGUGUGUCCUCAGUGGGGACGCCCCGUCACACCUGGGUCUCUGCUCCCUCCCGGCCUCCCUUUCCAGGGCGGAGGGUGUGCCUGUGCCUGGGGGCUGUCGCCUGGUGGAGCUAUGUUCUCCAUCCUUGCCCGCUCACCCUGAAGUCUGGCUUCCUGGGCUCAGACGUCACUCCGCACCCUGGUGUUUCUGGGCUUCGGCAGACGCCCUUCCCCGUGAGAACAGGGAACUAUCUGCAGACAAGAACAUGAAACGCUUGAGCUGGUUCUGUCUGUCGGGGCAGAACAGGGGGCACCGCGAGGCCGAGCUGCACGGCCCCCUCCGCUCUGAGCCCUGCCCAGUGGGUGGGGGUGAGACCCUCACAACCCAUGCCCGUGCCCAUGUGAAGGUCAGUCAGGCUCCAGAGACCCCCUCGGCUCCAGGAGAGCGCCAGGGCAGGCCUUUGGAAAUGAGGGGUGGCCCCCGGGGCGCUGCCUUGAGCCUCAGCUCAUCUGUCUGUAAAUGAGCAGUUGGCAGGUGACCUCCCGACAGAUUUGAAGUUAGUGCUGGGCACAUGUCCCCAGAACGCCUGGGCUUCCCUUGGGCUUGUGGCCCAGUGCCACACUGGUGAGUAUUUGGCUCAGCUACUCUGGUUUGCAAGCUCGGGCCCAGGCCACAGCCACAGAGCAGCAAGUCCCUCAUCUGACCCCCGAGCAGCCCUUACCCUGUGCCCACCUCCCAGGACCUUCUCCUUACGUGCCCCUUAGAUAAGACCCCCCAGCCCACACCAUGGGUCUUACCAAAACCUUGCUCUUGUGGUUUGAACUGACCAAUCUGGUCCUAGCUCAGGAUCCUCAGAGCACCCCACCCAGAGACCGUGGUAUUGGUGGGAGCUUCUGAUCCUGCCUUGUCUGCACUCUGCCUUGACCACACUACCUUGACGUGGCCUCUCCAGGCAUGCACACACCUCCUCCAGGACCCGUGAGCAACAAACUUCUCUAUUUCAACUUCUCUUGUGGAAGCACAGCAGAUCCUGUGGUCUGUUGCUAAACCAAAGCUCCCCACUCAGCAGCCUGGACACUUAACACGUGUUAAUGGAACACAGAGGCUGGACUGCUCGCCUCUCUCCUGGGGCCAGGACUGCCCCAGGAGGGUCGCCCUCAACAGGAGACUGGCCAGAGGCAGGUGUGUGAGGGGCAGAAAAGGGAGGGGCUCUGGGCAAGGGGGCAGUGUGAGCAAAGGCACAAGGUAGGACCCCAGGUCACAGGAGGACCUGCCAAGUAGGGGAUGGUCCCGUGAACCCCAGGGCUUGCUGGGUGGCUUUGGGUGCCAGAACUUUCUUGGGGGCAGUGCUUGGCACCAGGAUCCACUCCAAGGGGCCCCAGCACCUGGUCUCUGAGAUGUCCAAAGCAGGGGGCAUGGUCUGGGCCCCAGGCUGAGCAAGAGCCUCCCAGGAGCAGUGGGGACCCUCCAGCCCCCACAGUUGUGGCAUGGGACGGGGACCCAACAGGCCCAUCCAUACCCACUGUGGGCCAGGGCCAAGCUCCCAGAGGGCACACACGGUCCUCACGGACACCGAGGGCCCAAUCCAGGCCAUAUCAGUGGCUGCUCUGUCUGGGGUUGGUGCUGGGGGCCUGCGGGCCAAAGCCCAGCUGUGUGCAGGGGCCCCCACAUGCACACACGGCCCCCCACUCCUCAGGCAGUAUUCCCACCCUACAGUGCUGUGCCGUGUGGCCCAGAGACAGCAGACAGAUGAAAGAGAGACGACAAAGUCCUGUCACUUCAAAAGGCUGUGGUUUUUAAGGUCAUGAAAUAACACAGUUGUGCACACCAUAAAGAGAAAACGUCUAAAUGAACCACUUUA